GUCUUUUCCUCUGAUGAUCCUUGAAAUCUCUCAGCAUAGUGAAAGUCUAUUACCCAGUCCCUCAGAGUCCCCUGGGUCUCAGAAGGGCGUCUCUGUCAGAACACAGUCACUUGGGCAGAUACCAUUGAUAAAGCCCUAUGGGGACGACUCUGAAGGGGCACAGAUGUAUAGCACCAGCUGGGUGACGAGGCUGGAAGGUACCUACCAGAGGACCCUGCUUAUCACCCCUAAGCAUUUGUCAUUUCACUGAAUCCUCAAAACAACUCUGCACCCUAGAUAGACACCAUGACGCACCUCUACAGUUAAACUCAAGGUCAAGGAAGUCAAAUGUUUUGCCUCUGAAUAAAUAGAAAGUGCCAUCCAGAGAUAAGGGCUCCAUGACCAAAGCGGAAGGCCAGCCAGUAAGGGCUCUGAAUCUGGGCAGCCCCAGGCUGCUACGUCCAGGGAAGGAUCCCUGAAAGAAAUCAGUGCUGGAGUAAACCCAGAGAAUGGCCAGGCCACAGACAUCUGCAGAUAGAACCAGAAGGAUGUUCUGGGCUGUACCAGAGUCCAGCCUGGCAGUGUCUGUGCCUCUGAAAAUACUUGGCUGGCAUUUGGCACAGAAUGUAAGCUUAGGAAAUGUCAGCCCCGCCCUCUCUUCCCAAGCUCCUGGAGUCAAUUAGAGGUAAGAACGCCAGUACCCAGCCUCCCUUUAUGGGCCAUGUACCCUCUGCCCAGCCUGCCCUCAUAUUUAUUUCUGCUCCUUGAACUUCACCCUGCAAACCCACCCCCUCCCCAGCCAGGGCUGGCCUCAGCCACAGGCCUCACACUCAGGCAGAAUAGAGAGAGCUUCCAGUACCUGAGUUCUACAUCCCUCAGGGAAAUGAGAAACCUCCAGGUUCCAGGCCUAAGGGGUAAAGCCUCUGGUGAGGAAGAUCCCUGCCAAACCCUGCUCCAUCCUGUAAAUAACCCGAUGGGGUCAAGUGAGGACAGGGCCACAGGCCGACUUGGGCUGCUCUUGCCCCAGGUUGCAGACAGGUGAACAUUGAUGGUGACAAGGAAAAGGUGAACAUUGAUGGUGACAACACAGAUGAUGUGUCUUACUGACCAGUAGCUCUGAGGUGACUGUCACUGUUACUAGAAUGAGCCAGUGUCUCCCUGACUUCCACAUAUACAACCCCUCCACAGACACCUGAAAACAGAUGGUUUGUGGUGAGCCAGAGAAUGUAGCAGGCAACCUCAGAACUUUUAGCAGAGGCCUAACUCCAGCUAGAAGCCCAGGCAGAUCCACCCUCAGGAAGCAGGAAGCAGGAGGCCAGAGUCACCUGAGCUCUCCUCCCUCGGGUUUUUCCUGGACCUGCUGCUUCCAGUCUGACUCUUCCUUGUAGCCUCCACCCCACCUCCCCCCUAUAGCUCUCAGUCCUGCCCAACUCCAGAGUAAUAGUUCCAAACUUGUAAGGGCAGGGCAUGGACCAAGAUAGAGGAUAAACACUAGACGUCACACUACUCACCCUGGGACCAGGGCUCUGUGCUCUAGCUUCAAAAUGGCCUCAAUCUUCUCUUCCUUGCCUAUCUUCUCCUGCUCCCUCUCCUUUUUGUCUCCCUUCUGUGUGAGCUAUGUCCAACCUCAGUGCCUGCAGAUGACAUGUCGUGGAGAACAGUGGUUACAGCAGAUAGACCCCGAGUGUGCUAUAUGUGUUAUGGGCGGUAUCCUAGCUGUGUACUUGGGAAGCCACUGUCCUUGAGGUUCAGUUUUCUGUGUAAAGCAAGCAUUUGACUCAUGAGGGUUCUACACACAGUAAAGGAGUGAAGUACUGAUACACGCUUUGGUGUGUAACACCACUGUGCAAGUCAAAGUAGCCAGCCACGAGAAGCCAUACACUCUAUGAUCCUACUCAAACAAAACAUCUAGGGCAAGCAAAUUAAGAAACAGAAAGAUGAGUGGUUGCCUGAAGCUGGGGUGCGGGGAGGAAGGGGUGACUCGUAUUUUUGAGCUGUAAUGAGAAUGUUCUGAACUAGAUUAUAGUAGUUGCUCAACCUGACUCUACAAAAAAGUGUUUGAAUUGUGUGCUCUAAGUGGACAAAUUGCGUGCUAUGUAAACUACAUUUUUUACUUUGUUUUUAAAUUUAGGAUCCCGAUAAUAAUUGUUUCUUUGUGGGUAAGGGAAAUAGAAAUGACAUGUCUAAAAGCACCCGACGGGCACCAAGAAAGGGUGCUUAUCAUCAUUGCUGUUGGGAAGAAGAGACCCCAGAGAACCCCUGGGCUCUCAAAGGUGACAAUGCACACACCACACCCCAUCUCCCCUGAUCACCAAUGUAGCACUCCUCUUAAAAACCCAAAAGAGCCAUGUUAAAGAGCCCCAGGUCCAGGAAGCUAAACCAGAUCUGGAACUCCCUGGUCCCCUCCCCGCCCUGCCGCACGGCAGCCCGCCUCUUGUCAAGUGAUCGGGCUGUCAACUAGCUUCUCAGAAUUAGGUUUCAGGUCAGCUGGUGCCUAAGACCAGUACCGAGCCAGAGGCAACAGAGACAACAGUGAAUGGUGAGGAGGGGCCAUCGGAUCCUGCUGCCACCACUGGAAUGGAGCCCCAGGGAGCCCCUGCACUACCCUACCUUGGCUAGACUCAUAGCUGCCUCUGGGAACUGAAGGAUUGCCAGGCGACCUUGCUCCUUGAACCUCCAUAGGCACCAAAGGAACCAGGCCCAGCCACUCAAGACCAUGGUUGGGCUUCAGCCUUCAGAAGUGCCUCCGACAACAGUUGUGAAGUUCCUAGGGGCUGGCACGGCAGCCUGUUUUGCUGACCUCCUCACCUUCCCCCUGGACACUGCCAAGGUCCGCCUGCAGAUCCAGGGGGAGAACCCAGGGGCGCAGAGUGUACAGUACCGCGGUGUGCUGGGUACCAUCCUGACCAUGGUGCGCACUGAGGGUCCCCGGAGCCCCUACAGCGGGUUGGUUGCUGGCCUGCAUCGUCAGAUGAGCUUUGCCUCCAUUCGAAUCGGCCUCUACGACUCUGUCAAACAGUUCUACACUCCCAAAGGAGAGGACCACUCCAGCAUCGCCAUCAGGAUUUUAGCAGGCUGCACCACAGGAGCCAUGGCAGUGACCUGUGCCCAGCCCACAGAUGUGGUGAAGGUCCGAUUUCAAGCCAUGAUACGCCUGGGAACUGGAGGCGAGAGGAAAUACAGAGGGACUAUGGAUGCCUACAGAACCAUUGCCAGGGAGGAAGGAGUCAGGGGCCUGUGGAAAGGGACUUGGCCCAACAUCACGAGAAACGCCAUUGUCAACUGUGCUGAGAUGGUGACCUAUGACAUCAUCAAGGAGAAGCUGCUGGACUCUCACCUGUUCACUGACAACUUCCCCUGUCACUUUGUCUCCGCCUUUGGAGCUGGCUUUUGUGCCACAGUGGUGGCCUCCCCAGUGGAUGUGGUAAAGACCAGAUACAUGAAUGCUCCCCCAGGCAGGUACCACAGCCCGCUACACUGUAUGCUGAAGAUGGUGGCGCAGGAGGGCCCCACAGCCUUCUACAAAGGAUUUAUGCCCUCCUUUCUGCGUUUGGGAGCCUGGAAUGUGAUGAUGUUUGUAACCUACGAGCAGCUGAAACGGGCCUUGAUGAAAGUUCAGGUAUUGCGAGAAUCUCCAUUUUGAACAAGGCAAGUGGGCUACUUGUUGCUGUCCUCAUAAGAGGCUACCUAGAAUAGAAUCAAACCGCAGCUCUCUGCCCGGUGGGCCCAGCAAACUCAGGGGAUCCUGGCCCACAAAGAACUCUGUGCUCCUUGCUGACUUGAGAAACUGAACUAAAAGAGGAGGCAAGUUUCAGCCUUCCGUGUUUUUUCCUAAAAUACCUUUGUUUUUCACUGACCUGAUGGGAAUUAAAUUAUAUUAAUUUUUAGAACCCUUCCGGUUGAUGCCUAACAUUUAGGCAAGAGAAAACAACAUCAGAUUCCUUUGGACAAAAGGGAGAUUUGCCAGCUUCCCUGAAAUGUAGGAUUAGACGAUGAAUAAAAAACAGGAAAGGUUGCAAGCUUUGGGAAGAUCAGCUCACUGGAUACCCCAGGGAUAGUUGCACUUCACUACAGGCUGCAGUCACCCAGGCACAUCUGCCCUUCUGUACUGAAUCUGCCAAGGACUCCAGUAGGAUGCUGGGGAAAAUGAGAAAGGAAGAAGAAAGCAUUGAGUCCAUACAAGCGAGGCUGACUGGGCCCACCCAGGACACUAGAGGACUGAGGAUGUACGGUGGAUCACAGCCCCUCCCUAUCUACCUCAGGGAUUUGGGAGGAUCAAGAGAGAAGCAGGGCUUGGAAGCACUUUAUAAAAAACAAUGUCUGUCUGCAGAUGUAAAGUGAAGGCAGUGGUUUAGGAGAGGUUUUGUCCAGAGAGGAAGCCUGAGGAAAAUGCAUUUGUUGUGGUAAGGCCAUCCACACCAGAAUGGUGAGGACCACAGAUGACGGAAGCCGUGGGAACCUGCUGUCUGGUGACCUCAGAGGGCUGUGGGUCAGGACCCACAAUUUUUAUAAAAUUGUUAUACCUCAAUAAAAGGAAUUCCCACGUUAAGGAAAAUAAGAACGACUGCUUUCCGACCUUCUCUCAAGUCCUGUUUGUCGGUGUGGCAACAGACCCAAUUCCACCCUCCUAGUCUUCCUUCUUCUCUCUCACUGCCUUUGCCUACAGAGACAAUGCUGUACCUGAUAAGCCUUCAGCCUUUCAUCUGCAAAAGGGAGGGCUGAAUACAGGACCAAUUUCCAAGCUUAAGACUGCGCAUCUGGCAACAAAAAUGGCUCAGUGGGUCCAAUCCGCAGGACCCACAUGGUGGAAGGAGAGAACUCACUCUUGCAAGUUGUCAUCUGACCACCACAUGGGCACCCACACAUGCAUGUGAAUGUACAUAUGUACAAACACAACCAACAGAGGAAUGAGUAGAAAGAAAAGUUUAACCGCACAUGGCGGUUUGAAGGAGCUGUCUCCCAGAUGCCUCAGGCAUUUGAAUACUUGGUCCCCAGUUGUUAGUGGCUGUUUGGGGAAGUUUAGAAGAUGGGACCUUGCUGGAAGAAGUGUGUCAAUGGGGACUGGCUUUGAGAGCCCAAAGACUCGUGCCAUUCCCAGUUUUCAAUGUGACAUGUGGGUUCUCGGUGGCUGCUCCAGCCACUGUGCCUGCUGCCAGACCUCCUUGCCAAGAUGGACGCUUUCUCUCUGGAAC